UCCAGCGGUGCGAACGUGUCCCGGGCGCGCCAAUUGGCCAAGUAGCCGAAAAAGCCAAGAGCCAACCAAAGCAGCCGCCACGGCAACAGUUCUUCAUAGCCAGCGCCAGCACCGAGCGGGAAAACACGCCUGACAGAGAGUGAAACUCGCGGGUCGCGCGCUGUGUGUAAAUAAACAGAAACCGAAAAAACAGGAAAAUCAGAAAAAAUCAGAAAAAAUCGAGUGAAAGAAAAACAGCCCCCAAAAACGGAUCAUCCAUCAUUGCCUCAUCCAUCAGCGAUCCGCACGAUUUAUUUCGCCUUUCGAUGCGAUUUACCGCACAAUAAUUAUUGAAUUAAGAGCAUUGCCCAGAGGUGCCCAGAAAUUGCGGCGGGGGGAGUAUCUGACGGAUGACUCGGCAGCCAGCGCCAUGUGAGCAGAGCGAAGGGCAGUGGAGCCAGUCAAUUGGAUCGUGGAUGGGAUCGUGUCCCGCCAGUGGCAGAAGAAGUUCAGCGAGGAUGCCCCCUCUUGUACAUAGCCAGCCUCUUCUACUCGUCUCUGUCAUGUGUCUGUGUCUGUGUCCAUGUCUUUAUCUGUGUCUGUGUCCGUAGCCGUAUCCGUAAUCGUAUUCGUACCCGUAUCUGUGUAACUGUAUAUACUGUUUAUGUGCUGUAGACUAUAUAAUUGAUUAAAAAGAAACACAAAACCAUAACUUAAACCAAAACAAAAACAAAAAGAAAAGCGCGCGCGCGUUCCACCGCCUCAUAGAUCCAGAUGAGCGGCAAACGCGCACCACACACGAGUUUCGGUGCAAAACGGGUAUUAAAAAUCGAAAUAAUCGCAAAGAAAUAGUGCUAAUGCUAUGCUAGGAAUUAAAUAAAUUAUUAGGGUUAAUUGGGUGUUGGAGCGGAGCAAAAAGCCGAUCACCGACCACCACCGACCACCAACCACCACAUACGAGAAUAUUUUCCAUUGGAAUUUCGCGCGUAAGCAAAUUUAAUUAUAAAUACGAGCGCCGGAUGGACGGCAGCAUGGGACCAAUCAGACUAUAGAGCCAUACACACACACCUAGAGUUAGCCACACCAUAAAGUUGGGCUGGAACAGAUCGCACAGAGGCCACAGACCAAACCGAGAGCAGCAGCAGCAGCAGCACCAUGGACUACAGCAGGCUGAAUGCCAACAUCAACACGGGCAACAUCAGCACCGACGACUUUCUGGCCGUGUUCACGACCAGCUCCACAGCCACUGGCGGCCCGCCCAAUGGCACGCGAUACCCGGACAGUGGCAGCCUCAAUCCCCCGCUCCUAACCGUAGACGGCCAGCUGACAGUGCCGGGCCUGCUCGACCAGUCCCCCACGGGUUCGGGGGCGGGCUAUAUCAAUGUGAACGACACGAUAUAUCUGCUGAAUGGCAGCUUCUACAACAGCACCCUGCAGCUGGCGGGCAGCUACUAUAACCAGAGCGGCGGAGCGGGCAACCUGAGCGGCGGCUACGGACUCAUGGGCAAUGGCAGCAAUGUCACGGAAGUGCACUGGGACGGACGCUAUCCGAGCGGUUACACGCUCACCCACAUAGUGAUUGCCUCGAUCAUUGUCACCAUACUGAUGAUCAUCAUUGUGGUGGGCAACAUGCUGGUGAUCAUCGCCAUUGCCACGGAGAAGUCGCUGAAGAACAUACAGAACUGGUUCAUCGCCUCGCUGGCCGUGGCCGACUUCUUUCUGGGCCUCAUCAUAAUGCCCUUUUCGCUGGCUAACGAGCUGAUGGGCUACUGGAUCUUCGGCAGCUGGUGGUGCGACAUCCACUCGGCCAUGGACGUGCUGCUCUGCACCGCCUCGAUCAUGAAUCUCUGUCUCAUCUCGCUGGAUCGCUACUGGAGCAUCACCAAGGCCGUCGACUAUCUCAAGUCGCGGACGCCGGCCCGUGCCGCUGUCAUGAUUACGGCGGUGUGGAUUAUGUCGGCACUCAUCUGCAUCCCACCGCUGCUGGGGUGGAAGGUAAAGAUGCCCGAGGGACCGCUGCCCAAGUGUAUGCUGAGCGAGGACAUCGGCUAUGUGCUGUACUCGGCCCUGGGCUCCUUCUAUAUCCCCAGCUGCAUUAUGGUCUUUGUGUAUAUACGAAUUUACUUUGCCGCCAAGGCGCGGGCGCGGCGAGGCAUCAAAAAGCAUCCGCGCAAAACAAACAACGAACAGGUAACGAGCUUCACCACCGCCAACAAGAAAGGAACAAUACCGAUGCCAUCCUCCAGCGGCGCCUCCGCGCUGCAGCUGCACCAGCAGCGACAGAUAGCCACCAUAGAGACACCACCGAACAGUGCCACGCUGCCGAUGCAAAUACCAACGGUAACCAUGGACCUGGCCUCGGACAUAUCCACCUCCGAGGCGGGCGAGCUGGAGGCUGUUGCCGCCCAAACGGUGCUUGCCUACGCCAAUGCCAAUGCCAGUGCCAAUCCCAAUGGUGGCGCGAAUGCGGUCACCGUGUCGACGGGCCUGUGCUCGCCCAGCUCGCCGAAGGAAACGCUGCAGGUCAGCACCAUAGCCACGGGCCGCGUUGGCCUCAAUGUGCCCGUGCCGCCGUCCAUGGGCAGCAACAACUCCAUCAACGCCCUCAACAACAACAAUGGCAGUGUGGAGGCUGCCAACAGCGUCGCCGGCGGCGGCGUGGGCGGGCCCAGUGGUGCGGCAUUGGGGACCACCGUGACAUCCACCAACGAGCUGAGAGUGUCGCCGAUCGGCGGACGGUGUCGGGCGCUAUCCGUGGGCGUUGACACGGACAUGGUGAGUGAAUUCGAUCCUUCCAGCUCGGACUCGGGCGUGGUCAGUCGCUGUGCCGUGGUCAAGCCGCUCAAGUUUCGCCUUUGCCAGCCGAUCUUUGGACGCAAAUCGAACCAGCAGCGGCGCAACGAGUCCAAGACAUCCGCCGCGGCUGCAGCCAAGAGUCCGACCCCAGCCGCGACGGUGGCCAAAAACCACCAGCAGCAGCAGCAACAGCAGCAGCAGCAGCAGCAUGUGGUCAAGGCCGAACUUGAGCCAGCAAUUCCAAAGCCGAAGCCGCGUGAUCCCGAAAAGGAGAAGCGACGCAUCGCCCGCAAGAAGGAGAAGCGGGCCACACUCAUUCUGGGCCUGAUUAUGGGCAGCUUCAUCGCCUGCUGGCUGCCAUUCUUCUUCCUGUACAUCCUGGUGCCGGCCUGUAGCACCCACUGCAACAUACCGGAGUCGGCGUUCGCCAUCGCAUUCUGGCUGGGCUACAUGAACUCGGCCCUCAAUCCGGCCAUCUACACCAUCUUCAACAAGGACUUCCGGCGCGCCUUCAGGCGCAUCCUGUUCAAGUGAUGUUUGGCCUACGUGUGCUGUUACAGGUGCGUUUAUGCGAGCAUCGAGAAGGCUACCGAACGUGCCAUGGGCAGCACACCCAUGGGCUAUGGACAUGGCUCGUAUCAGCAUUACAGGCGUUAGAUUUGCUUCGAUUUGGUUAUCCCAAUAUCCCAAUUCUAGUUCCCCAUCCCCCCCAGAAUCCCAUUACCCCAUUUUCCCCCGAUGCGUGGCUAUGUUUUUCUUUCAGUUUUCAGUUUUAAACAAACAAAAAAAGUAACGAACAUUGUAGCUCAUUUAAAAAGCAAUGAACGGCUGUGAAUUUGAUGGAAUCUCUCAAUUUCAAUUUACGCAUUUUGGUUUCGUUUCAUUUCUCGUUUCUCGAGUACCCUUGAACCCAGCUCCCCAGCUCCCCAGC